AUGGCACUGAACCUCCACAAUAACCUCUCGAGCAAAAACUUCCCCACAGCCUCGAUACUGGGGGGCGGGCAAAAGCAGGAAAGCAGCAAAAUAAGAUCGAUCAACCAACAUAAUUAUGAAACGCCUGCCAAAAACAUGGUGAAAGAAAUGGGAAAUGAACUCUACAAACAACAAGCACCAAGUGAGUAG